AUGCUGGUGAACAUCGCUACCAGUUUCGCUACGCGGAAAUUUGCCGUUCCUACCACUGGGCAACUUAUCGCGGGUAGGGUGGGGAUUUUUACCGCGCAAUACCGCCAGUACCAGGAAAUCUGGGAUGAAAUUAGCGCCGUUCUGCAACCGCUGAUCCUCAGUCAGUCAAAAAAUGAAAAGCGCAUCAUUCUCCGUAAUGGGGGGCGCAUCGACUUUUGGGUAACGGACAAUAACAAACUGGCCGGGCGUGGGCGUAAAUAUCACGCUGUGCUGAUUGAUGAGGCCGCAUUCACUAAAUCGCCGGAAAUGCUCGAGGAAAUCUGGCCCCGAGCGAUACGCCCGACGCUUGUCGAUUACCGCGGCUGUGCGUGGGUAUUUUCCACACCAAACGGUAUCGACGAGAGCAAUUUUUUCUACGCGAUAUGCCACGAUGAAUCCCUGGGAUUUGUUAUGCACCAUGCGCCAACUUCAUCGAAUCCGUAUAUUCCGAAAGAAGAACUGGAGGAAACGGAGAAGAAAUCCGAUCCGCGCGUCUGGCAGCAGGAAUAUCUUGCAGAGUUCGUAGACUGGUCCAAAGACGCGUUACUCGAUGUCGAUAAGCUGCUGGUGGAUGGCCAGCCGGUUGAGAUGCCGCGACACUGCGACAUGAUUUUUGCGGUAAUGGAUACGGCGCUGAAAGGCGGGACGGAGAACGACGGGACAGGCGUGGUUUACUUCGCGUAUGAGUCCACGUAUUCCGAUGAGCCGAAACUGACCGUUAUCGACUGGGAUGUGACGCAAAUUAAAGCGUCGCUGCUUCCUGAGUAUAUCCCCGGUGUUUAUGACAACCUCGAGCGGCUGGCGCAACUCUGCCGCCCGCGCCUGGGGAAUCAGGGGGUAUUCAUGGAGGAUGCCGCAAUGGGCGCAAUCCUCAACCAGAAAGCGGAAACCGAAGGCUGGGAUAUGACGCCGAUUAAAUCAGCGUUAACCAGCAAAGGGAAAGACGAGCGCGCGGUGCUGGCUUCCAGCCACCAUUACCAGGGUAAAUGCAAAAUUACCCGCGAGGCUUACGACAAAACCGUUUCAUUCAAGCGCACAACCGCAAACCACCUCAUCACACAAAUCGCCGGGUUCCACCUGGCAGACAAAGACGCGCAUAAACGUGCUGAUGACCUUUUCGAUUGUUACACCUAUGGAUUGAUCAUUGCGCACGGUAAUUACGCGGCGUUGUAA